AGAAUAUAAAAGAAGAGUUUGAAUCUGCUCCAGUUAUUCAACAAUCAACAUUAUAAAAAUAUCUUUGUGUCUUAAACUAUUAUUUAUAGCACAACUCAAGUCUCAAAACUAACAUAUAGUACUAACAUACUAGAAGAAUAAGAGACAAUUGUGAAUUGUGUAAACCUUGUGCCUAAAACCAACACAAAAAAUAUGGCAGAUAAGAAAAUUCCUGAGGUGGUACUAAAUUCAGGGAAAAAGAUACCAACAAUAGGAUUUGGAACAGGAUCAACUCCUCCUCAACAAACUUUGCUUGAUGCCAUUGAGAUUGGCUACAGACAUUUUGAUACUGCUGCUCUAUAUAAUACUGAAGAACCUCUAGGCCAAGCCGUGUCAAAAGCUUUAGAUCUAGGCCUCGUUAAGAAUCGCGAUGAAUUAUUCAUUACUUCUAAGUUAUGGUGUACUGAUGCUCACCAUGACCUUGUUCUCCCAGCUCUCAAAACCACUCUCAAGCAAAAAACUGGGAUUGGAGUAUGUGGAUCUCUAUUUGAUUCACUGGCCAGUGAGGUUUAAACAAGAUGUUGAAGGUUUAAACUUUAAAAGUGAGGAUUUGAUUCCUUUUGACAUAAAAGGAACAUGGGAAGCUAUGGAAGAGUGUUAUAGAUUGGGCUUAGCCAAGUCUAUUGGUGUUAGCAACUUUGGUAUCAAAAAGCUCUCCACACUCUUAGAAAAUGCCAAAAUUCCACCUGCAGUUAAUCAGGUGGAAAUGAAUCCAUUAUGGCAGCAGGGGAAACUCAGAGAAUUCUGCAAGCAGAAGGGAAUCCAUGUGAGUGCAUGGUCAUCAUUAGGAGGAUACAAUCUAAGUUGGGGUUCAUCUGCAGUGAUGGAGAAUUCAGUUCUGCACGAAAUUGCUGAGGCUCGAAAGAAGAGUGUAGCUCAGAUAGCACUAAGAUGGAUAUACGAGCAAGGGGUAACUCCAAUUGUAAAAAGCUUCAACAAAGAGAGGAUGAAAAAAAACACUGAAAUAUUUGAUUGGGAAUUGAACCAGGAAGAUUUAGACAAAAUCAAUCAGAUUCCUCAAUGCAGAUUUCAAAAGGCAGAAAUGUUUGUAUCUGAAAAUGGACCUUACAAAUCCUUGGAAGAGCUGUGGGACGACGAUGUUUGAGUGAAAUUGUGUUUAAAUAAUUGAUGCAUGGGUCAAAAAGUGUGAUGAAUCAUUUCUCUUGUGAGCCUAAGCUAUCAUGAUUCACGCAUACAUGAUUACUUAGGUGCUGAAAUAAUUACUUUACAAUUUAAUCUUUGAGUUAAUCACAUAUUCACAUGUACAAGUUUAUCCUUGAGUGUACUAAUUCUUCUUAAUAUCUUUUUAGUUC